CCUGCCCCCCGGUCCUGCCCCCGCAUGGCUUCGUCCGGCAGCGGGAUGGAGGAGGUGCGGGUGUCGGUGCUGACCCCGCUGAAGCUGGUGGGGCUGGUCUGCAUCUUCCUGGCCCUCUGCCUCGACCUGGGAGCCGUGCUCAGCCCCGCCUGGGUCACCGCCGACCACCAGUAUUCCCUCUCCCUCUGGGAAUCCUGCAGGAAACCCGCCAACCUCGACCUCUGGCACUGCGAAUCCACGCUGGGCAGCGACUGGCAGAUCGCUACGCUGGCUCUGCUCCUGGGCGGCGCCGCCAUCAUUCUCGUAGCCUUCCUGGUCGGUCUGAUUUCCAUCUGCGUGGGCUCUCGCAGGAGGUUCUACCGACCGGUCGCGGUCAUGCUCUUCGCAGCAGUGGUUCUGCAGGUGUGCAGCUUGGUCCUCUACCCUAUCAAGUUCAUCGAAACUGUGAGCCUGAAAAUAUACCACGAGUUCAACUGGGGCUAUGGCCUGGCUUGGGGAGCAACUAUAUUUUCGUUUGGGGGUGCCAUCCUUUAUUGCCUGAACCCUAAGAAUUACGAAGACUACUACUAGAAGCAAGCUUCUCGAAAGGAAAAUGAACCGAAAAAGAGAUUACUCCUCCAUCUUUUCUAACUCACUGUUUUCUAGAACACUCGUGGAGCAUCACGCCGUCUGCUCUGUCGAUUUAAUAUCCUUUGCCCUUCGGCUGCCGCCAUUGUAUCUGGCUUUUCCAUCCCUUCAAGGGACCUGCGAAGAUCGAGAGCUGAUUAAACAUAGUCAAAUGCUGCAAGCUUCUGAAAUGUAAACUUCAUUUCCUUGGCGACAGCCGAAGGAUCUCGCUACCUGACAGCAAUCCUUCGGAGAAAUCGAGCCGCGACGGAACGGCCCGUGACUCCUCUCGCCCGUCGUGGGUUGAAGGCGGCCGACGUCAGCUCCGUUAAGAAGUUCCUCGGCCAGGGACGCCGGGGAGACGGUCGACACGGUCUGCUUAUUGACCAACGUCUCAUUGGGCCAAGGCUCCGGCCACUCGCUCGAAUGAAUGAGGGGGUCAUUUGGCAUCUUCGGGGCGUAGUGAAUGUAACUGGUUAACGACUGAAAUUCCACCUUCGAGAGUCUUCUUAAUAAAGGGGGGGCGGUUAACGUAUUGGCAAGCGGCAUCUCCCGAUCGCGGCCGAACGGCGAGGGAAAUCAAAGCUUGAGGGAAGUCAGAACUUGGACCAUAUGCUUCUCGUUAUGUGGUUAGAAGUUCUGUCUCAGCCGUAACUAGCGUCGGGGAUAAACAGGGGGCCUCUCCUUUCCUCGAGGCAACCAGAAAGAAAAGAAAAUGCAUGAGUUGCGUUUGUCCCAAAUACCCUCUUGAAAUCAUUUUUCAAACACCACAGUGAACAGAUGGGGCGUCAGUAACGAGUCUAACUAUUUUUAUAGAAGGUCAUCAUGAGUAUAAACAGUGUGGCAUAUAUUCACAAACAGAGACACCUGUAAUGCAUAAAAAUAAUCUUUACUGUAGUGAAGUGGUUUAAGCACCAUCCUUAUACACUAUCGUUAAGAAUUUUGGAUUGGUAUUCCGUUCUUAGUUGCUGUGCGAAACUGACCUAUCUUAAAAUGUUUGCUAAAUAAGCCCUCCGACAUACCGUGUUUUGUGGGGAAUUUAAGUUAGAAAUACACGUAAGGAUUUCCAGCCAAAAUGGGGGACAUCAAAAAGUCGUUAUUACGCCAUAAGUAUUUUGGAGCUCCCGAGAUAGAAUGACUUGUCCUUUCCUUUUUAAAGAUCCUUAAAAUUUUAACACUUCAUUUCCAGAAAAUCCAAAGGUCUGAAUACUUCUACUUCCCAGAACAAUAUAACCAAGGUAAUAUUAUGUGGAAGCAUUUUUAGUAGAGGAACAGAGUUACUCUCAAGUUAAGUUUUGUCUUUAGAUUCUAACCAAUUGGCUGAAAGUUUUGUGCCUCUAAUUUCUACUCUGCUCGGUUAUGGUAUUCCUAUUUAAAAAUCUGAGAGACUAACAAACUGAAGGGAAUACGAGAUAAAGUUGGGUAAAAUCUGGAAAUAUUUCAUGCUGCAAAAACUGAAGCGUUUAUUUCUGUUUAAGGAUGCUAACUUGGGUACUGCCUAAUAUUUUUAUAUCACAUAUAUAUUAUAUAUAUACCAUUAUAAUAAAGAGUUAGAAAUAAUUAUUUUUGUUAACAAAGAAAGUAAAGGAAUAUGCCCCGUCUCGACACCCUCUGCAGGAAGGGAACCUAAAAUCUGCCACACUGGUCUCGGGUGCUGUUGUAGAACUGACGAUCCGAAAUGGAAUCACCUAACCUGUUAAAAUCAAUAGCAUGAUUUGAGCCCAUUUGACCUAAUUCACCAGGUGGGAAAUCAGUGAAAAGCUUACAGUUCGUGAACUCGCAUACUAGUCUGUGAUUUCCAAAGCUCUGUUGCCAAAAACUGCACCACCUUUCCUUUGGUUGACCAUGUGGGUAGAUUCUUAAUCUCCAAUCCUAAAUCCAGAUGAUAAAAUCAGCCGGAUUAAAGAAUCACGGCGAGGUAGCUCUUGAUACGUCCGUGGCUUUUCUGCUGGAUCGCGGUAAGAACACACACCCAUUCGGUGGGAGAGAAGACUUCUUUUCAUUUUCCUGAAAAGCGUCAGAAAAGAUUUGAAACAGUUUUCCUGAAGUAUAUGAAAAUCUGGCCCUGAAAUGCCUGCAGUGAGCUGCACAUUGUCCCUGAGAGAUAGAAAAGAAAUCGGUGAACUUGGAAAGGGACUUAAGCUACUAAAACCCCUCUACUGAAGAAGGGAGACUCUUUAUUCCCAAAUAAAGGGAAAACAAAUGAGGCACUUUUUUAAGUCCUAGGAGAGGAUGCAGUGUGUGCCAUUUGAUCACAACACACUUACAAGUCUUAUCAGCCUUUCUUUCUUUGGCAAUACGACAAACAAUAAAGGACCUGAAAGCUUUCGCCGUUAUGUAUGUGCAGUUUAUAGGAGCGUAGAUUUCUUGGGUAUUUCUUUUUUUUCUUCCCGGUGAAGAAUCCUGAUGUGAUUCUUCUACCACAAGUGACAUAUCACGGUAUUUCAGUACUGAACCAAUAUGGAAACUUUAUUAUUUUUUUUUCUUCUCAGAACAUACCAGAUUCAGAACCAAUAAAAAAAUUUCUCUAUUUUUCUGAUAUUGAAGCUUCACCUCUAGCUUUUUAUGAGAAGCAGACGCAAUUUCUGAUUGCACAGACCUGUCGGAUGCGGGGUUUUUUUUCUUUCCGGGGAAGAAUCCCGAUGUGAUACAUCUUCCACAAGUCACAUAUCCUGGUAUUGCAGUAUUGAACCAAUAUGAAAACUUUAUAUUUUUUUGUCCUUCCCAGAACACACCAGUUUCAGGACGAGUAUAACCAUCCUCUCCAUUUUUCUAUCGAGGCUUCACCCCUUUAGCUUUUUACGAUAAGCAGAUGCAAUUUCCUAUUGCACGGGCCUGUUUUUGUUGUUUGUUUUUAAUUUUCCAGAGACACGCGCCUUUACUCACAUACGUAGAGCAGAAAGUUUGAGCAAGGCUAGUUAUUUGUAUCUCUGAAGCUUCAAGUCUAGUGUUGGCUAACACCGAGCAACUCUCUUGGAUCCCUUGCACAACAAUGUUUAGCUUUUGUAAGUUCAACAUGUAAAUUUUAAAGACAUAAAUAUAGAGAGACCUAUGUGUUUGAAAUAGAAACGAUAUAUAUGGAUUCGCAUGUCACUGUAUAUUAUUAAACAUGCAACAAACUGACUGGUAAGUGGAGUCUAAUCUUAUGGCUAGCAAUGUAAUUUAUUCAGACUGUAUUUUUGUACAGAACAGCGCACACCGAUUUAAUGCCUCUGUGUCCUCUAUAAUGCCUAAAACUGUGCCUAGAGAUUUCAUCGGUCUUAAACAAAACUAAAUGUAUCUCACGCUAUUGGUGGUAUUAAUUUCUCUAACUGUUGUUCUGUAUUUAUUUUUUAAAUCGGAUGGUAUGUUUCUUAUGAAAUGUGAUUCCACUGAAACUGGUUCAUUUUUAGGUUCAUCAAGGGGAAAAUGAGUUUAUCUCGAAAACAGUUUUAAGUUUUAAAUUCCACUUCCACUUUUGCGUUUCACAACUUUUGUAGCUGACAUGAAGUUAUCUAUGUGAAAAAAUAAAAAUAAAAAUGGUUACUCUGGCCAUCUGCCUGUUUGA